AUGCCAUCCCAAUACGCAACCUACCCCUCCCUGCGCAACAAAACCGUCCUCAUAACCGGCGGCGCCGAAGGCAUAGGCGCAGCAACCAUAACCGCCUUCGCAAACCAAGGCUCCCGCACCAUAAUCCUCGACAUCUCCACCUCAUCCGCCUCCCUCUUAAUCGAAUCAAUCCGUUCAUCAGCAAACAACCACUCCACUACUCAGUACCUUCCAGAAUUCCACCAAUGCGACGUCACAGACUUACGCGCUUUGAAAUCCAUCGCGGAGGAAGUAGUGAGGAAAUAUGGAAAAGUGGAUGUUUUGGUUAAUAAUGCUGCGAGUGCUGGGGGAUUGGCGAGGAAGGGUACGGAGGAGGUUGAUGAGGAGAGUUGGGAAUUUGGGGUUAAUGUUAAUUUGAGGCAUCAGUUUUUUUUGACCAAGUGGUUGGUUAAGGGGAUGAGGGAGCAUGGGGGAGGAAGUGUGAUUAAUAUGGGGAGUAUUAGUUGGAGGAUUCCUUCUGUGGGGCUGCCUGUGUAUGCGGCUUGCAAGGCGGCUGUCGUGGGUCUGACCAAGACGCAUGCGAGGGAGUUUGGGAAAGAUGGGAUUCGAGUUAAUAGUGUUAUGCCUGGAAGUAUUGCGACCGAGAGGCAGAUCAAAGAAGUCCUGACGGAUGRAUACAAAGCCGAGACGAUUGCGGCGCAGGCAUUGAAGAGGGUUUUGGUUCCGGAGGAGGUUGCCAGGGUGAUUUUGUUCUUGGCUAGCGAUGAUUCGAGUGCGGUGACGGGAAGCAAUUAUGUUGUUGAUGGAGGCUGGGUUUCGGAUAUGUGA